GAAGCGAAAACGGCAUCCAGAGUGGCAACAAGGCAAGCACAGACUCAAUGCUGCGCCUCUACCACUCCCCCACUCUUUUCCCCAACCAAUGCACCUCCCGCGUGGUUCAAUUGGUUCACGCCCCUCUCCCUCUAGUCUGGUCCAUCGUCCGCCGCUUCGACUACCCACAAGUCUACAAGCAAUUCGUCAAGACCUGCAUCAUCCGCGAUGGCGACGGUGGUGUCGGCACCAUAAGGGAGCUCCUCGUCGUCACUGGCAUGCCUGCCAACACUAGCGUUGAGCGCCUCGACCGCCUCGAUGAUGAUGCCCAUCUCAUGGUCUUUACCAUCAUUGGCGGGGACCACCAGCUCCUCAAUUACCGUUCCACCACCACUUUACAUGAGGUGGCGGCGGAGGAGGAGGAGGGUGGGGGAAGGAAGACGGUGGUGGUGGAUGUUCCGUCGGGGAGUAGCAAAGAAGACACCGUUUUGUUCGCUGAUACCAUAAUCAAAUGUAACCUCAAGUGGUUGGCUUGUGUUGCUGAGACCAUCCACUGAACCGCGACUCACCCUCUUCCUUCUGUUG